UAUGCACACCAUCACCAGUGGCAGAUGUGGCAUUCGUGUUGGAUGCAUCAAACAGCAUCCCGAAAAAUAAAUUCAAGCAAGUGUUACGAUUUGUUUCGGAUUUUGUUGACACAGUAGAAAUUGGACCUGAAAAAGUUCAAUUGGGAAUCGUUCACUUCAGUUUAACUGCUCAGACUGACAUGCUUUUUAACAGGUUUCACGAAAAGGAACGUAUGAAAGAAUUUAUCGAUGAGGAUUUAUCUGGAGAGAACGGUAUCAGGCAGGGGAAGCGCACCAACACAUCUGGAGGCCUGUACGUGAUGAGAAAUGAGAUCUUUAACCCUGCCAAUGGCGCUCGCCAAGGCGUCCCAAAGGUUGCCAUUGUCAUUACGGACGGAAAACCAAAUGAAGAUGAAGAAUUCACUAUACCCAAUGCUAAUGCAGCCAAACAAGACAACAUCACCAUUAUGGUUGUAGGAGUGGGACAAAACGCCAAAAGGAAAAAUUUGGAGGCAAUAGCAUCGGAACCCCAUGACUUAAACAUGAUAACAGUGGGAAGUGUGGAUACCUUGUUGCAGGAGGACAAAAGUUUCUUUGACAAAAUCUGUGAAACUAUAGUUUUGGACGAGUGCCCAGAAGUAGUUUAUGAAAAUUCGGCUGAGUGUGAAGAACGAUGUCCGGCAUGUUUCGUAAAGCAACAUUCCCUCCAGACCUGCCAUCGGCUGAUCACGAAAGAGAUGUCAUGGGCGGAUGCAGAUGUGUUCUGUGCCGAAAGGUAUGGAGCCAGACUGGUGUCAGUAGACUCAUUAGAGGAACACGAUGAACUUGGGAUUCUCAUGGACAACUCAGAGUCCCCAAACGCAGCUUAUUGGUCAAGUGGCAACGACUUCAUUUCACGUGGUAAUUUUGUCUGGGCUGGAAUUGGGCUUCCUGUAAACCAAUCCGUUGAGGCACAUGGUGGUGGGCACUGCGUGCAAGUACGCUCCAACGGCCGUCUCACCACUGCAGAUUGUGAUAGUACGCGGGGUUUCAUUUGCGAGAAAAGCUAUUAUGUGGGCCUGUAGUGAACUUUUUUCAUGGCGGUUUGAUUUAUGGACAAAAAUGGACAUGCUCGACACCAAAUGUGACUGACAUUAACUUGGUAUGUUAGUGGUAUAAUA